AUGUCACAGUGUACCAGCUUUCACAGGAAGUCACAGUGUACUAGCUCUAUCAGGAAGUUACUGCUUGUACUAGUUCUCACAGGAAGUCACAGUGUACCAGCUCUCACAGGAAGUCACAGUGUACCAGCUCUCACAGGAAGUCACAGUGUACUAGCUCUCACAGGAAGUCACAGUGUACUAGCUCUCACAGGAAGUCACAGUGUACCAGCUCUAGAAGGAAGUCACAGUGUACCAGCUCUCACAGGAAGUCACAGUGUACUAGCUCUCACAGGAAGUCACAUUGUACUACCACAUGUAGCUCUCAUAGGAACUCUCACAGGAAGGCACAGUGUACUAGCUCUCACAGGAAGUCACAGUGUACCAGCUCUCACAGGAAGUCACAGUUUACUAGCUCUCACAGGAAGUCACAGUGUACCAGCUCUCACAGGAAGUCACAGUGUACUAGCUCUCACAGGAAGUCACAGCUUGUACCAGCUCUCACAGGAAGUCACAGCUUUUACUAGCUCUCACAGGAAGUCACAUUCUGCCAGCUCUCACAGGAAGUCACAGUGUACUAGCUCUCACAGGAAGUCACAUUGUACUAGCUCUCACAGGAAGUCACAGCAUACGAGCUCUCACAGGAAGUCACAGCUUUUACCAGCUCUCACAGCAAGUUACAUUCUACCAAAUCUCAAAGGAAGUCACAGUGUACCAGCUCUCACAGGAAGUCGCAUUCUACCAACUCUCACAGGAAGUCACAGUGUACUAGCUCUCACAGGAAAUAGCAAUGUAUAA